AUGAGGUUCUCCAUCCUCGCUGCCGUUGCGCUUUCCUCUCUAGUAGCUGCAUACGACCCGGCUAAUUGUGCUCCUGCUCCUCCCUCCACCAUUUAUCAAACGAUCUAUGAAACGAUAACGGUGGAUAGCCCUCAACAGCUCGCUCCUGCCCCGACUCCUGCCCCAAAUCCGAAUUACAAUCUUGUCCCUUAUAUUCCUCCAUACAUCACGACAAAAUAUGGAUACGUCACAUCCUGCGAUUAUGGCGUCUCUUACACUACAGUUUGGGUCUACCCUGUUGGGCAUGGAAGCCACGAUUGCACCGUUGCGGUUUUCCAGAAGAAUAUCAUAGUGACUAUCAACAUCGUGGCUAUCAACAUAGUUGUGAACAACUACGGAGAGACGGUGACUGUUACAAUUACGAAGACAGAGGUGCCUACCUACACCCCGUUACCACCACCACCUCCACCUACUACUAUUAUAUCAACAUACACCAGCUCCUCGACCACGUUGUCAUCUUCAACCUCCUCAUCAUCCAGCACGGAGGUGAGUAGUAGUUCGUCAUCUUCGAGCUCCACGGGAUCCUCCAGCAGCAGCAAGUCUUCUUCAUCCUCUAGCUCCACUGGAUCCUCCUCUAGCAGCAAGAGUUCUUCAUCCUCAAGCUCAACAGGAUCAUCGUCGUCGAGUAGCAAAACCUCUUCGUCCUCUUCAAGCUCAACGGGAUCUUCUAGCAGCAAAAGCUCAUCAACUUCCACAAACCCAACCUCGUCCUCCUCGAGCACAAAGAGCUCCUCUACAAGCCCAACUUCGUCCUCUUCGAGCCCAAAGGGCUCCUCUACAAGCCCAACUCCAUCCUCUUCGAGCCCAAAGGGCUCCUCUACAAGCCCAACUCCAUCCUCUUCCGUUAGCAAGGGGGGCUGGACCUAUUCCUUACCUGGACCAUCCAGUAUCAACAUCCAGCCGUCUCCUUCUGCGCCACCGUCUAUCUCUCCACCAGUGCCCCAGGUCUCACCGAGCACCAAAAAAGCCGCCGCAGACCCUGCCCCGACUCAAAAAGCUGCCGCAGACCCUGCCCCGUCUCAAAAAGCUGCCGCAGAACCUGCCCCGUCUAAAAAAGCCGCCGCAGAACCUGCCUCGUCUGCAGCCGCAGGCCCCAACCACCGCGUUAGGGCCGCAGAAUGGCGAGCAUGA